CACUGUCUGCUUGUUGUGAAAUUUAGAGCCUCACCAGCAGUUGGAGCUGUCCUGCAGAGCGACCAAAGUGUAAACAAGACGACGACAAUCAACAAUCGUCAGUCAGAAUCAGAAUGGACAAAGAGCCAGAGUUUACAAUCUCCGACAUCCUGGCACAGGGGGAGGAAUAUCGACUGUACCAACUGACAAAGUUCUACAGGGACAGACUCAAACAAGCAAUUGAAGAAAAGGUUGAGAGACUGGGUUGGAUGUUGACAAAGGAGGGACAUUUCAGUAGAGAAGAAAAUGAGAAAGUCACUGAGCUGACAGAGAAGGGAAACCGGGCAGAGAGUUCCAGACUCUUCCUCAGUCUGGUGAAUGGCAAAGGCUCCCGGGCCCGGAGGGCGAUGUGGGAAUCCUUCCUGAUGUGGAGGACUGAGUUACCGAAGUUGGACAGAAUACUGAGGGAAAUACAGGAACUCGGUCCUGAUCCACAAGAAUACUUCAACAUCGGCCAAGGUUUAUCUGAAUUACCCACUCAGCUGAUAGAUGUUCAACAGAAACACAAGGAGACUCUGCGGGCACAAACUGAAACACUGAGAGUGAACACGAUCCUGAUGACGGAGAAGGUGAAGGUUUUCCAGCUGGCUGAUCGAUACGCUGAGCUCACGGUCAUUUCUACUGUUCGAGAUCAGACACUGGUGGAACAUGAGCUGCUGGCAAGAGGCAGAGACCAUGAGGAUUAUAGAGAGGAACAACUCCGCAGACAGCUGGAAAAAAUCCGGACUGAUCAGUUAUUCCAGAGCAGCUUUUCCCGGAGUAAAUCCAAAUCUGGGAGUUCAGCAGCAGUGGCCGGAGUCCCGGGGAUCGGGAAAACUACGAUGGUACAAAAGAUUGUUUAUGACUGGGCCACGGGGAAAAUAUACCAACAAUUCCAGUUUGUCUUCAGUUUCAAAUUCCGAGAUUUAAACAGUAUUGACUGUCGAAUAAACCUGAAGGAACUGAUUCUGGAUCAGUAUCCUUACUUUGGGAAUAUCCUGAGAGAAGUCUGGAAGAACCCAGAGGGAUUACUGUUUAUAUUUGAUGGUUUGGAUGAAUUCAAACACAAAAUCGAUUUUGCGGACAGUCGGAGAGAUACAGAACCAAAGCACCAGUGCCCAGAUCCCGAGUGGUGGUGUGAAGUGUCUGACAUUGUGUACAGUUUAAUCCAGGGCAAGCUGCUCCCAGGGUGUUCAGUGCUGGUGACCACCCGUCCCACUGAGUUACAUUUGUUGGAAAAGGCGAAUAUCAGUGUCUGGGCUGAAAUCCUGGGAUUUGUUGAUGAGGAACGGAAGGAAUAUUUCAUCAGACAUUUUGAAGAUCAGACGGUGGCGGAAGCUGUUUUCAAUUAUGUGAAGGAGAACGAGAUCCUGUACACCAUGAGCUACAACCCCUCCUACUGCUGGAUCCUCGCUCUGGCACUGGGCCCCUUCUUCACACAAAGAGUCAGGGACCCACAGCGAGUUCCCAAGACCAUCACCCAACUGUACUCCUACUAUAUUUAUAACAUCCUGAAAAACCACGGCCGUGAGAUUGAGAGACCCCGUGAUGUGUUUCUCAGGGUUGGUCAGAUGGCCUUCAGAGGAGUGUCCGAGAAGAAGAUUGUGUUUACAGAUGGAGAUUUGGUCAGCUACAGUCUGCAGCCUUCCCAGUUCCUGUCCGGGUUCCUGAUGGAGCUUUUGGAGAGAGAGGAUUCUGCCUGGAGCGUGGUGUACACAUUCCCACACCUCACCAUCCAAGAGUUUGUAGCUGCAGUCGCACAAUUCCUGACUAUACAUCCCAGGGAAAUCCAGAAAUUCCUGACUGAUACACACAACAGGAGAGAUGGACAAUUUGAGGUAUUUUUCCGUUUUGUUGCUGGUCUCUCCAACCCAAUGACAGCUCCGGGCCUGGAGGAGAUUCUGGGUCCAUUUCCUCAUGAAACAACCUGCCGGGUGAUUGACUGGGUGAAGGAGGAAGUUAAACGCCAGAGUGGAAACACGGGGAGUGAAGCUGGUAAAAGGAGCCUCCUGAACACAUUGCACUACCUGUUUGAGUCUCAGAAUCGUGGACUGGCUCAGGACGCACUGGGAUCUGUGAAAACACUUUCAUUCCGUGGAAUGACGGUGAACCCGAUUGACUGCGCGGUCCUGUCUCAUGUCAUCGGACACUGCGAUACAAUAAAACAUCUCGACCUGGAGGGCUGCCACAUUCAGUGUGAAGGAAUCCAGCGGCUGGGUCCCGGGCUGCACAAGUGCCAGGAGCUGAGCCUGAACGAUAAUGAACUGGGGGAUUCAGGAGUGAAACUGGUGUCUGCGGCUCUGAGGAACUCGGAGUGUAAAAUACAGAGACUGUGGCUGAGGGAUGUCGGUCUCACAGAUUCUGGUGCCGAGGAUCUCGUCUCCGCUCUCAGUACAAACCCAUCACUGACGGGGCUGAACCUGAGUGAUAAUAAACUGGGGGAUUCAGGAGUGAAACUGGUGUCUGCGGCUCUGGGGAACCCAGAGUGUAAAAUACAGAGACUGUGGUAAGUACCAGACUGUGGGAGAUUGUGUUUACAGUCACUGGGUGUCUGACACUGAACAUUAAUGUGAUCAGUAAUUGUGUUACUGAUAAACACUGGGGAUUUGUACCGUCUCCUGUCUCUCUGUGUCCUUCACCCUCACUCUCUCUCAUCUCCAGGCUGUGGGGUGUCGGUCUCACAGAUUCUGGUGCCGAGGAUCUCGUCUCCGCUCUCAGUACAAACCCAUCACUGACGGAUCUGGACCUGGGAUACAACUCUCUGACAGACCGAUCUGUCCCCGCUCUCCGCCGCCUCAUACUGACCCACCCGAGUCUGCAGUGGAUCUGGUGAGUGUUUGUGUUAAUGUUCAAUGUGAUAAAAUAUCAGCGGAUCCGCGGGUUUUCUGGUGAUAUUUGUCUGUGAGUGUUGUUGAAACAUUAACCCCGGUCCCCCGUUACUGACACUGUUGUGUGAUCUGUUUAUUUCAUCUUUAUUCUCCCAUCUGUUUCAGGCUGCGGGUGAAUCGGUUCAGUGAGACCGGGAUGAAGGAACUGAGAUCUCUACAGGAACCCAGACCCGGACUGAUGGUGGAUCUGUGAACAUCUGAAUGUGGUGAAUCGGUUCAGUGAGACCGGGAUGAAGGAACUGAGAUCUCUACAGGGACCCAGACCCGGACUGAUGGUGGAUCUGAAUGUGUGAACAUCCCCGCCCGCGGGAUGGGGACAUUUGGCCGACUCCCCGCCCUCCCCUUUAACUCCCGCCCUUACCUUUAACGGCCGCGCGCCGGGACUGAUUCCCAACGGUUUUAACGGAACCGGCUCGGGCCUCGCGCUGUGUGCGUCGCUCGCAGCGGUCCCGCAGUGACGUGUUUCCGCCUGUUGUCCGGCGGGGCAGCUUCCGCCGGAAGUGCGUGGAGGAGACUCCCCACGUGACUCCCCGGGGAAUUACCCGGACAGGAAGAGCCCGGGGUCCGGGGCUCAGUCUGGGACACCGGUGUCCCGGGGUGGGGGGGAUGGUCCCGGGAGAGAAUCCUUUUGCCCCCUUUGCUGAGGACGGUGCAUUCGGCAGCCUGGCCGAUAUAAUGAUGUUAAAUGGACAAAUCCCUCGGCAGUGACCCUGGAUCUGCAGCGAUCCCGGACACGGCCCCGAAGUGUGAUUUUAUAAUCAGUUUUAUAAUUUUAUAAUCAGUUCCCCGAUGCAGAGUGACGGUGAGAAACGGGACUGGUUAUUAUUCAACCGGUCACCCCUUGUCGCCGGUCAGUUAAUUGUGUGUGACUGUCAGCAGAUUAUUUAUUACCGCACGUUAGCAGCUCACACAUUGUUUCAUUGAUAUUUCUCAUAAAAAUCAAUAAACCAC